GUCCAAAACCAUAGAUAUUCGUGGAUUCACUUCCCCCCAUUUGGGUUCUCGUCUGCUCUACUCUGAUCUGCAAAAUGGGCGUCUAAACCCUCACUCCCCCCCGCUUGCAUCCAACGAAAAAUCCUAAAUUCCCAAUCAUCCCGCCAAAACUGUACCAUUUCCAAUUUGCCUAACCCAUCUCUCUCUCCACCGCAGAAAACCGUAGUUUAGGGUUUCAGUAUCAUGCCAGCAAUGGAUUCGCCAGGCAAAAUUCAUCGAAUCGAACUCGAGAACUUCAAAUCAUACAAAGGACACCAAGUUAUUGGUCCUUUCUAUGACUUCACCGCGAUUAUUGGUCCCAACGGUUCUGGAAAGUCUAACCUCAUGGACGCUAUAAGCUUUGUGCUCGGUGUUCGAACCGGUCAACUCAGGGGCGCGCAGUUGAAAGACUUGAUUUACGCUUUCGAAGACCGGGAUAAGGAGCAAAGAGGUCGUAAAGCUUUUGUUAAGUUGGUUUAUCGUCUUGGGAACGGUACAGAACUCUUGUUUACUCGUACUAUUACUAGUGCUGGGGGAAGCGAGUACCGGAUCGAUGAUAGGGUUGUGAAUUGGGAUGAUUAUAAUGCGAAGUUGAAGUCUCUUGGAAUUCUGGUGAAGGCUAGGAAUUUUCUGGUUUUUCAGGGUGAUGUGGAGUCUGUUGCAUCUAAAAACCCUAGAGAACUUACAGUGCUUCUUGAACAAAUAUCUGGCUCUGAUGAAGAUAAGAGAUUGUAUGAAGAUCUGGAGGAAAAGAAAGGUGCAGCUGAGGAAAAGUCAACACUUGCUUACCAGAAAAAAAGAACCAUUGUCAUGGAGAGAAAGCAAAAAAAAGAGCAGAAGGAAGAGGCCGAGAAACAUAUGCGUUUGCAAGAGGAGUUGAGAUCAUUAAAGAAGGAACACUUCUUGUGGCAGUUAUUUAACAUAGAAAACGAUGUUGAGAAGGCCAAUGAGGAAAUUGAAAAUGAACAGAGUAGCCUUCAAGAAAUUAUUAACGAGUUAGAUGGUUAUGAGAAUGAGUCACGCAAAAAAGAAAAGGAACAAGCUAAAUAUAGAAAAGAAAUUGAAAAACGAGAAAAGAAGCUCGUUGAGAAGAAAAAUAAAAUCGAUAAAAACCAACCAGAGCUUCUGAAGCUGAAGGAGGAAAAGACUCGCUUAACUGCAAAACUUAAAAACACUGGGAAAGAGCUUGAUAAAAGGAAAGAAGAGAAGAAGAAACACACAGUUGAAAUUGAAAAGCUGCGAAAUGACUUGGAUGACCUUACAAAGCAACUGGAUAACUUACAGUCAAAAGGUCAAUCUGAAGGGGGGAAGCUUCAUUUAGGUGAUGAUCAAUUGGAGGCAUAUAACCGCAUUAAAGAGGAAGCGGGUAUGAAGACUACCAAGUUAAGAGAUGAAAAAGAGGUUCAAGAUAGGGAACAACAUGCUGAUGUGGAAGCUCAAAAGAAUCUUGAAGAGAAUCUACAACAGUUGGAAAGCAGGAAACAAGAACUCGAAUCACAACAGAAACAAAUGGAAACUAGACUCAAGAAAAUUCGAGAAGCCAUUGACAAACAUAAUGAUGAACUUAAACGACUCAGAAAGGAACAAACUGACACCACCAAGAAGCUUGGAGAUUCAAAGAAGAAAUAUGAAAAUCUGAAGGCUAAGAUAACUGAAUUAGAGAAUCAAUUACGUGAGUUAAAAGCAGACAAACAUGAAAAUGAUAGGGACACAAAGCUUUCACAAGCAGUUGAAGCUCUCAGGCGGUUGUUUCCUGGUGUUCAUGGUCGUAUGACUGAGCUGUGUAGGCCCACACAGAAAAAAUAUAAUCUUGCUGUUACUGUUGCUAUGGGCAGAUUUAUGGAUGCUGUUGUUGUUGAUAACGAGCAUACAGGAAAAGAAUGCAUCAAGUAUUUGAAAGACCAAAGGCUUCCUCCUAUGACAUUUAUACCCCUUCACUCAGUCCGUGUUAAGCCAGUCAUUGAGAAGCUGCGGGCAUUAGGUGGAACUGCAAGGCUUAUCUUUGAUGUGAUUCAAUUUGAUCAAGUAAUCGAUAAAGCAAUUCUCUUUGCUGUGGGGAACACUUUAGUCUGUGAUGAUCUUGAUGAGGCCAAGCAUCUGAGUUGGACUGGAGAGAGAUAUAAAGUUGUAACUGUUGAUGGGAUUUUAUUAACAAAGGCUGGUACCAUGACUGGUGGUACAAGUGGUGGAAUGGAAGCAAGGUCACAUAAAUGGGAUGAUAAGAAGAUAGAAGGUCUUAAAAAGAAAAAAGAUGGGUUUGAAGCAGAGUUACAAGAACUGGGGUCAAUAAGAGAGAUGCAAUUGAAGGAGUCUGAAGCAUCUGGGAAGAUCAGUGGACUUGAAAAGAAGAUUCAGUAUGCAGAGAUUGAAAAGAAAAAUACGGAGGAGAAACUUGCAAAACUGACUGCAGAAUACAGUAAUAUUAAAAAUGAAAUUGGUUAUAUUGAGCCUGAACUUAAUAAGAUAAGGGAGAACAUAACUACAAGACGACGCAAGAUUUUAUCACUUGAAAAGAGAAUCAAUGAGAUUGUUGAUAAAAUUUAUAAAAGAUUUAGUGAAUCUGUUGGGGUGGAUAAUAUACGUGAGUAUGAAGAAAACCUGCUUGCUGCAGCCCAGGAGCUGGCUGAAGAAAGACUUAGCUUGCGUAAUCAGCAGUCAAAACUCAAAUACCAGUUGGAGUAUGAGAAAAAGAGAGACAUGGGAGCACGGAUUGCGAAGCUGGAAUCAUCACAGACUGAACUAAAAAAUUCUUUGGUUGAAGUUGAUGAGAGAGAGAAACAACUUAAAUCCAUGAUAGAGAAAGCUACUGAAGAGAUUGAUGUAUUGAAAGAAGAAAUACAGGAGUGGAAGUCACAGUCAGAAGCAUGUGAGAAAGAGAUGAAAGAAUGGAAAGUAAAAAUCUCGGCUGCUACAACAAACAUUACAAAGCAUAAAAACAAAAUUGAUUCCAAGGAGAAUCAACUUGAACAAUUAAGUUCCAAAAAACAAGAUAUUCUUGAGAAAUGUGAAUUAGAGCAGAUCACACUCCCCACUGUGGCUGAUGCGAUGGAUGUUGACUCAGAAACGGGCCCAGUUUAUGAUUUCAGCCAACUCAGCAGGCCACAUCAGCACAACGCAAAACCUGCGGAAAGGGAAAAGCUGGAGGCAGAAUUUAAACAGAAAAUCGGAAGCAUAGUAUCAGAAAUUGACAGAACUGCCCCUAACUUAAAAGCCCUAGAUCAAUACGCCGCUUUACAGGAGAAAGAAAAAGCAGCAAGCAAAGAGUUUGAUGAGGCCAGAGAAGAAGAGAAACUGGCAGGCAGAGAGUUUGAAACCGUGAGGACCCGAAGGCUUACUCGAUUUAUGGAGGCGUUCAACCAUAUUUCUGGAAACAUUGACAAAAUCUAUAAGCAACUGACGAAAAGCAGCACACAUCCACUUGGUGGGACCGCAUAUUUAAAUUUGGAUAAUGAAGACGAACCGUUUUUACAUGGUAUAAAGUACACUGCUAUGCCGCCUACAAAGCGUUUCCGUGAUAUGGAGCAAUUAUCAGGUGGUGAAAAGACGGUUGCGGCCCUUGCGUUGCUUUUCUCCAUCCACAGUUACAAGCCGUCACCCUUCUUUAUACUGGACGAGGUGGAUGCAGCACUGGAUAAUUUAAAUGUUGCAAAGGUUGCUGGGUUUAUCAGAUCAAAGUCAUGCGAAGGAGAAAGGGCAGCAAAUCAGGAAACUCUGGAAGGGAACGGUUUCCAGAGUAUUGUCAUUUCUCUUAAAGAUACUUUUUAUGACAAGGCUGAAGCUCUGGUUGGGGUUUAUAGGGAUUCCGAAAGAGCGUGCUCAAGAACUUUGACAUUUGACCUAACCAAAUACCGGGAGGCAUGAUAUGAUGUAGGGGGGACUUGUUUAGAUGAUGAAAAAAUGGCAAAACUUUUUUAAGCAAUAGAUUUAGUUAAAGGUUGUGUUUAUUUGUGAGUAGCUUUCCAUGUUCGUUUAUAACUUUAAAGACAACAAACAGUAAAAGUAAACUAGACGAUUGUUAUUAUGUAAUGUGCACAUAACAUAUCCACUAGUGUAAGUUUUUAUGCACCUUGUAGAA